AUGCUACUAAUCCUUUUUUCUGAAAGUGAAGGUUUUAUAGUGGAUGUGAUUGAUGAUUGUGUCCAAUCCUACACUUCAUGUGUAGAGGAGGAUAACAACACCAAGGAGAAGAAUUUUGUUUAUGACAGGGAUGCUUUGGAAGAAAUUAGAAGCAUGAUGGAUGAUGAAUGUCCCGAAGUGGUCAUGGCAAUUGAAGAAAAAAGACCACCUUGGACCGUACAAGUUGAAAGCCUGCCCGAUCAUAUUGAUACAAAGCUUAAGCCAUCUCUUGAAGAAUCACCUAAGGUAGAGUUAAAAGAGUUGCCUAAACACUUGAAGUAUGCAUUUUUGGGGGAAGGGCAAACAUUACCGGUGAUUAUUGCUUCAAAUUUGCAACCCGAGCAAGAGCAAACCUUAGUGGAAGUUUUGUCAAGGUAUAAAUCGGCUAUUGGAUGGACCAUAGCUGAUUUGAAAGGGAUUUCGCCUUCUAUUGUCAUGCACAAAAUCAUCACUGAUCCGGAUGUCAAACCAAGCCGAGAUGCUCAAAGGCGACUCAACCCAAAUAUGCGUGAAGUUGUUAAAAAGGAAGUUCUUAAAUGGCUAGAUGCGGGUAUAAUCUACCCAAUCUCGGAUAGCACAUGGGUUAGUCCAACUCAAACUGUUCCCAAGAAAUCAGCAACAUCUAAAGAUCACUUCCCACUUCCAUUCAUUGAUCAAAUUGUUGAGAAGCUAUCCGGUCAGAAAUUCUAUUGCUUUUUAGAAGGUUACUCCGGGUAUAACCAAAUAGCGAUUCACCCGGAAGAUCAACAAAAGACUACAUUCACAUGCCCGUACGGCACAUUCGCAUUUAGGCGAAUGCCGUUUGGGUUGUACAAUGCCCCCGCCACAUUUCAACGAUGUAUGAUGAGUAUAUUCUCUGACAUGGUGGGCGAGUCUUUAGAGAUCUUUAUGGAUGACUUUUCGAUAUUUGGUCAUACUUUUGAGGGUUGUCUCGUCGAAUUAGAAAAAGUUUUAAAAAGAUGCACCGAGACAAACCUUGUGUUGAGUUGGGAAAAGAGCCAUUUCAUGGUUCAAGAAGGAAUUGUGCUAGGCCAUGUGAUAUCUCAAAGAGGAAUUGAGGUGGACCGGGCCAAAGUACAAGUCAUCUCUACUCUUCCCCCACCAACAAAUGUGAAGGGUGUACGAUCAUUCUUAGGACAUGCAGGUUUUUAUAGACGAUUUAUAAAAGACUUUAGUGCAAUUUCAAAACCGUUGUGUAAUUUAUUGCAAAAAGAUGCACUGUUUGUUUUUGAUGAAGCAUGUCUUAAGUCCUUCAAUGCAUUAAAACAACACCUAGUUGAAGCUCCCAUUUUGCAAUCACCCGAUUGGUCUUUGCCUUUUGAGAUAAUGUGUGAUGCGAGUGAUCAUGCAAUUGGAGCUGUCCUAGGGCAACGGGUGAAUAAAAAGCCUGUUGCAAUCUACUAUGCUAGUAAAACCCUUUCCGAUGCCCAACUUAAUUAUACAACCACAGAAAAGGAAUUACUAGCCGUUGUUUAUGCUUUAGACAAAUUCAGAUCGUACAUUUGGGGUAGCAAGGUAAUUAUAUUUUCUGAUCAUAGUGUUGUUCGUUAUUUGAUGGAAAAGAAAGAUGCCAAACCAAGAUUGAUUAGGUGGGUGCUGCUGUUGCAAGAGUUUGACUUUGAAAUUAAAGACAAGAAGGGUUGUGACAACGUUGUCGCGGAUCUUUUAUCAAGGAUACCCGAAAUUAAGGAAGAUGAUACAAGAGAGAUCAAUGAAGAAUUCCCGGAUGAGCAUUUAUUUGUUGUUUCUAAUUUACCAUGGUUUGCUAAUGUUGCUAACUUUUUGGCCACAGGUAGGACACCGGAUUCAUGGUCCACAAGGCAAGUGAAACAUAUCAAAUCCCAAGCCAAACAAUUUAUUUGGGAUGAACCGGAUCUUUACAAGGUUGGAGCGGAUCAAAUCAUAAGAAGGUGCAUACCGGAUGAGGAAAUUCAAGAAGUCUUGGCCCAUGCUCAUACAUAUGCAUGUGGUGGCCACUUUAGUGCUAAGAAAACUGGACAUCGGGUUCUUUCUUGUGGUUUAUAUUGGCCUACUAUUUUUCGUGAUGCCUUUUUGUUCACCAAGCAAUGUUCUAAAUGUCAACAAGUAGGUGGAAUUUCCAAAAGAGAUGAAAUGCCCAUGAAUCCCAUACUUGUGGUUGAAAUUUUUGAUGUGUGGGGGAUUGAUUUUAUGGGGCCGUUUCCCAACUCUUUUGGAAAUUACUUUGUUUUAGUGGCAGUCGAUUAUGUAUCAAAAUGGAUUGAAGCAAUCACCACUAAAACAAAUGAUCAUGUUGUUGUGUGUAAAUUUGUCCAAGCAAAUACUUUCACUAGAUAUGGUGUUCCUUGUGUCAUCAUUAUGGAGGGACUCAUUUCAAAAACUUCAAGUUUGGAAAAUUACUCAAAUACCUUUAAAACACCUAUUGGAACCACCCCAUACCGGUUGGUGUAUGGUAAGGGUUGUCAUCUUCCCGUUGAGAUUGCUCACCGCGCCUUAUGGGCGGUGAAAACUGUGAAUGUUGAUUUUGAUGCUGCAGGGAAAGAGAGGAAAUUGCAACUUUGUGAACUUGAAGAAUUGAGGGAUGAAGCUUAUGAAUGCUCUUAA